AUGUCAGAAGAAGCGCCACCGAAAUCCGAUGUCCACACGACCAUCGCUAGUGUGGACAUUGAUCCGCGAGCAGAGCGCGUAUUGGUCUGGAAGUUCGACCUGCGUUUGCUCCCCGUUCUAGCGAUCAUGUACCUUUUCAACAGUUUGGACAAGUCAAAUCUGGGCAACGCCAAAACAGCGGGUCUUGAGGAUACCCUAAAUCUCCACGGAAACCAAUACAACCUCAUUCUCAGCAUCUUCUUUGUUCCUUAUGUCUUGACAGCACCCUUCCUCGGCCUUCUUGGAAAGAAGUUCGGUCCCAACAUUGUGCUACCAUGCAUGAUGAUGACCUUUGGUAUUUGUACCAUUUUGGUGGUUGCUGUCUACAAUUUCAGUGGUCUUUUUGCCAUCCGAUGGUUUCUGGGAAUGGCUGAAAGCGCUUUCUUCCCGCUCGUGAUCUAUUACCAGACAACUUUCUACCGUCGAGGAGAACUGGCUCGCCGAUUGGCCAUCUUCUAUGCAGCACAAAGUAUUGCGUCUGCAUUCUCGGGUCUCCUUGCCUUUGGCGUCUUCCGCAUUGAAACGGGCCCAUUGGCCUCAUGGAGGUACCUCUUCCUCAUUGAGGGUGGUGGAACUGUGCUUUUUGCGCUCUUCGCCCUCUGGUAUUUGCCCAGGUCUGCUGCCGAGGCAAAAUUCCUGACUCCCGAAGAGAAGGAGCUUGCUUAUCUGCGAUUGUCAAUUGAUAGUUCGUCAGUUGUGGACGAGAAGCUCAACAUCCGUGACGCUUUCCGCGUCUUCAAGCACUGGACUUCUUGGGCCAUCCUGGCCAUUCAGAUCUGCCUCGGUGUUCCCCUUCAAGGGGUGCAACUGUUUCUUCCUGUGAUCAUUGAGCGCCUCAACUACAGCACGGUCAAGACCAACUUGUUCACUGUGGCGCCCAAUGUUUCCGGUGCGGCGAUGCUGCUCAUUCUAGCAUUCUGCAGUGACUGGACACGAUGGCGGUUUCCCUUCAUUGCGCUGGGUUUUCUCUUCACAUUCAUCGGUUUCAUCAUUUAUGCGGCCAUUGAUGUUCAAAACGACGUCAACGUCGCUUACUUUGCCUCUUUUAUGAUGACCUGGGGUACAUCUGCACCGUCUGUCCUUCUCGAUGCCUGGUACAACAACAAUAUUGCCAAUGAGAGUCGCCGAGUAGUCCUGACAAGUAUCGCUGUUCCGGUAGCGAAUUUGAUGGGAGUCGUGGCGUCCAACAUCUUCCGCAGUCAAGAUGCGCCAACUUACCUGCCAGCGUUGAUCACGACUGCCAGCUUUGGCGGUACCGGAAUUGUCCUGACCAUCUGUCUGGGACUUUGGAUGAUGUUGGACAACAAGAAAAGAGAUCGAGCCCAGGGUGUGCAUGUGAAAGCAAUGGAAAUUCCAACAGAAAACCUCCAAGAUGGACCGGCAAGUGAUACCUUCCGGUGGUUCUAUUAA